GCGCGCUCGGAGCGGCGGCGGCCGCGAUGGCUCCGGAGCGCGGCGCCCGGCCGCCCCCCGCCGGGCCGCCCCCCGCCGGCACCGAGGGGCUGCCCAGGGCCUUCCUGCAGAGCCUGCGCACCCUGUUCGACAUCCUGGACGACCGGCGGCGGGGGUACGUGCACCUCCGGGAGAUCGAGUCCCGCUGGCAGGGGGCGGAGGCCCGCGAGCUGCCCGCCGGUGUGCUGGAGGGGCUGCGGCGGGCGGCGCCGGCCAGCGGGUACCUCACCUUCGAGCGCUUCGUCCUGGGGCUGCGCGCCGCGCUGCCCGGCGCCGACGGCGGGCCCCCGGGGAAUGGACGAGCCUCGGGGCGCGGCCGCGGCGAGGAGAAGGAGAAGGAGAGGGAGAGGGAGAGGGGCCGCGGCACCGCCGUCAGCGCCUCGCGGAGCCUGGAGAAGCUGCCGAGCCCCCACGGCGCCGAGGAGCGGCGGGGGCAGAGCGCGGGACACCGGGAGCCGGAGCCGGAGCCGAGCCAGCCCCGGGCGCGAGGUAUUGAUGUUAAGUCUGCUGGGCAGUCCCAGGGAGAUGGUGGCCAUGGAGGCACUGGGGAUGUUCGGAGACAUCAGAGGGGACGUGCAGAACACCGGAGACACACUAUCGCCAACGGUGUGGAUUUUAGCAUGCUGAAGCAUAUGAAGGAGCUGGAGCAGGAGAAGGAUUUCUUGCUUCAGGGUCUGGAGAUGGUUGAACGUGCCCGUGAAUGGUACCACCAGCACAUCCACUUCAUGCAAGAACGCCAGAGACUCCUGGGAAAAAACAAAAACAGUACUCCAGGGAACCCUUCCUCAGCUCUGAGCAGGCUGGCCCCCACAGCCCCCGUGGUGUCCCCAGCCUCAGCAGGUUCCCAGCAAGCCAUCAAUAUGCUGAAAGAGCAAAACCGACUUCUCACCAAGGAGGUGACUGACAAGAGUGAACGCAUCACCCAGCUGGAACAGGAGAAAUCUGCUCUGAUCAAGCAGCUCUUUGAGGCUCGCGCCCGCAGCAACCAUGAAACGAGCCAGCUGGACUCCACCUUCAUCUAGUGCCUGUCCCCCAGUACUCUUCCCGGCCCUGUACUUGAGCUUCCCCAGAGGGGUUUGUGGGGCUGGGACUCUUGCCCUAAAACCAUUGCGUUCAUUGCUCCAGGUGUGGAGCUCUCAAGAGCUGUGCAGGUCUAGAACUGCCCGUGGUGUCCCUGUGGGAGGAAGCUGGGGACAGCACUUCCCCAACCCUGCUUGGGCAGGCCUGGGGAGUCUACCCUCCCUGCUGUGCUCAGCCAGCAGCACUGCUCGCAAGCUACUCCUUUUCUAAAACUGACUGCAGUGACUACUCCCCCAUCCCGUGAUCCCCAAUGUGUUGGGUGAAACAGACGCUACCCAUGCUGUCUGCACAGGGAGAGGUGGGGGAGAGCUGCUGUACUUGUGGCCUGACUUAGGCUGAAUUCUGGCUGCUCUUAGAAAAAGAUGAUGCAUCUUGAACACUCCAGCUGGCAUUCCCAGGCAAGCCUGGCCAUUGAAAGGUGCCCUGUCUGUUGCUUGUCCCUCUGUCAGGGGACAAGAUUGCAAAUCUGUAAUGGGGCAUACCUAGCUCCUCCCUGCUCUCUGCUGGUGGAACCAGACUGCAGAGCAGUGCCCGAGCUGGUGCUCCUCCUAGGGCAAUCCCUUUCUCCAGUUUGCUGUAGUGAUGCCACAGUUGCUGUUUACACAUCUGCAGGCUCCUAUAGUUAAUGAGCCAUAGACCCAAAUGAGGUAGCCCUGUACCUCUUGAGCUGCUGUUUCAGGCUCUCUGCAGAUUGAGGCAGAUACCUCUAUGUCACUUUAUUUUGUUUGACCUGGUAAGCAUUUGCUUAUAAGCCUGGCAGUCAUAUUUUUUCAUGACGACUUUAGAAGGAGGACAAUAACAGAAGCCUGAUUUCAUAUUGGGGCUUUAGGACUUGGUUUCUUGUAACCGAAUGUGGGUGAUGAAGAGGAAGCUGCUAGGCUCUUUCUUUGUACAUCUCCAAGUGGAGAAAUGGCAGCUUUGGGUGACCUGGUAGUAUAUACAGGCUACCUGGGGUGACGUCCUGGGUGUGAACUGAAUCCUUCUCCAGCUCUAUUGGAGUGGUGGUCAUGUUAGACUGGUGUGCCUCGGGAUACCUCCUCCUUCCCACCCAGCUCAAUGAUGAGGCUUGAGCUGUGGCUUGGUACUUCGUACUUACGGUACAUUCAUAGGAGAUCCGUGUGAAUCCCCAUGUAGCACAGUCCUAGUCUUUUGUAGCUCCAGGACCUUUCUCUUCAGCAUUGUUUGUGCUUGGACUCUACUGGCACAGUGCUGUGGCACAAUGCACUGAGCUGGGCAAAAGGUUCUGGACCUGCCCUGCUUUAACAGGUUUAGCUCUGUUGGACUGGGAACUGUGCAAACCAGUUCCUCUCCCACUCCUGGGAAGAUGUUUCUACCAGUCCAGUGCUGUCUGUCCUACCCAACUCCUCUCUGAGCUUGAUCUUGACCUGAAGCUCACUGCAGGGCAUGUGGUCACAGUUCUUCCUUUGUACCUACUGCCCCCUGCCAGAGUGGGCAUCAGCAAAGUGUUAGGGAAAGGAAGAAAGAGCAAGGCCAUGGCAAGUCAUGUCCUGUAUCUGCAGGAGUAUGGUGUUAGUUAUCCCCUGGGCAUCGGUGCCUGCCAUCUCUUUGAUGUCUCCUCUGGUGUCCAGUCCCUGUUUUGCCUGAGACUGAAGGAAAAGCGUCUCUCUUCAUAAUCUGUCUUUAGUGAUAAUAAAGUGGGGUGAACUGUUUAGUUUA